ACAACGACUCUCUCUGGAAAGCGUCUCUCUUCACAGAUCCUUCCUUGGCAGAAUACAGAAUCCAUAGCAAUGGCGACUUCGCUAGCUCGCGUUUCCAGGAGGACCGUCGCCUCGGCCGUAUUUUCGAAUCUGAUCCGUCGUAACUUGGCGGCGGCGGCGGAGUCGGCGGUGGCUACGACGGAGGUUCCGAAGCCGAAAUCGCCGGUGAAUCCGUCGCCGGAUCGGGUGAAAUGGGACUACAGGGGCCAGAGACAGAUCAUACCACUGGGACAGUGGCAGCCGAAGGUUGCCGUUGAUGCUUACGUGGCUCCCAACGUCGUGUUGGCCGGUCAGGUGACGGUCUGGGACGGCGCGUCCGUUUGGAACGGCGCGGUUUUGCGCGGGGAUCUGAACAAGAUCACCGUCGGAUUCAACUCCAAUGUCCAGGAACGUUGUGUUGUUCAUGCCGCUUGGUCAUCUCCCACAGGAUUACCGGCAGAGACAUUGAUCGAUAGGUAUGUGACAGUGGGUGCAUACAGUCUCCUGAGAUCGUGCACCAUUGAACCCGAGUGCAUCAUCGGGCAACACUCCAUCUUAAUGGAAGGUUCCUUGGUCGAAACCCGAUCAAUCCUGGAAGCAGGCUCUGUCCUGCCACCGGGAAGAAGAAUCCCUUCUGGUGAGCUAUGGGGAGGGAACCCUGCAAGAUUCAUCCGAACGCUAACCAACGAAGAAACCCUAGAGAUUGCAAAACUCGCUGUUGCCAUCAACUACCUUAGCAGGGAUCAUUUCUCCGAGUUUCUUCCUUACUCAACAGCCUAUCUAGAAGUCGAGAAGUUCAAAAAAUCGCUGGGGAUCACUAUCUAGAAGCUUCUAGAAGCUCUUUAUUCUGGUUUCGGGCACUUCCUCACUUAGAAGCUUCUUGUUUUCCGGGUUUGCUGUGUUGUUUCAUCUGAGGAUUCUUCGUAUUGGAAUAAGUAGCUGCAGAACAUGAAAAAACAGGCAAGCUUGUUUUUGUUUUUGUUUUCAACUGUUGUCUUGAUCUCAUUUUGGUUUCUUUGUAAAAUUCAUCUCUUUCUAUCAGAUGAUAGUGGCGAAGAUUUCUUCUCUCCCAUGAGGAAAAUAAAAAAAGGGGAACUUCUUACA